AUGGGCUAUUCAAAACAUGCAACCCCCAGCGACAAUGUGAGUCUACAAAUCUCCAAUCUGCCUAAGAACCACAAAUCACUCACCUGGUUUUAUACUACUGACCAGAAGAUUGUAGAGUGGGAAUCUGGGGAGCCUACUAAGUACUUCGAUACUAAAUUUAAGGACAGGGCCACACUUGGUUCUCAAAGUGGCACACUGCACAUCCGCAAGGUCCAGAAGGAAGACAGCAGUACUUACCUCCUGAGGGUGCUGAAGGACAAUGGACAUGAGGAGGAAUACAAGAUCUCUCUGAUGGUGCUUGACCCUGUACAGAAGCCUGAAAUAAAUGUUAACACGACAGAGAAAAUGAACACCUGCAACCUGACGCUAUCCUGUGGGAUCCAGGACCAAUCUGUUACCUACACUUGGUAUGGGAAUCAGGGUCCUUUUCCAAAACAGCUACAGAGCAGUGUGCUUGAAGAUGUCCACACGCCACAAAGCUACUCAAAGUCUUAUACCUGCCAAGUCAGCAAUCCUAUAAGCAGCCAAAACGACACAAUCCACUUCACUUCACCCUGUGUACAAGCCUCCUCCUCUGGAGUAGCCUGGACAGCAACUUGGCUAGUGAUCAUGGUAACCACUCUUCUCAAUCUCCUCUGGAAUUGUGAAGAGCUAACUGGAGUGAAACUUCAAGGUUGCAAGAUCUUGCCCUCAUUGACAAUCGGCUCUUAACCAGGAAAGAAGCUCUGGCUAUAUGGAAUAAGGCAAUGGACUGAGAUGUCUAAAAGAACAUUCAAAUGAAGUUUUUAUAAUCACAGUAAUAUUUUAUUUUAUGUUUUCUAAUUGUCUUUCUAGCAUACAUAUACAUAUGUGCUUUCCCACCACAAAUGGGCAGAAUGUAUUC